UCAUUAGAGAAGCAUGUAUAAGCUUCUUAAUUUUGACUGUACCAGUAUGAAGUUGCUAAUGCAGAGUAUGAAAAAGUAGCAUUUCUUCAGGCACUGAGCCCAGUUCCCUCAUAUAAAUUCAGAAAACACAUAAAUGGUAACACAGCAUUCUUUGGGCUUGGUAUUUGUACGUACAGAGCUUAAAAUAAUUUUCACAGACGUUGUAAGUCCAUUAUCUGCCAUGUGAGCAAAUAUGGCAGUUAUAUUUAGCCUUUCAGACUUUGACUGGGUUGUUAUGUAAGAAUAUAAUAAAUGAAAUAAUAAACAGUAUGAUUUUUUUUGUUGUUUACUUGUGAGUAUAGGAUAGCUUUUAAUGUAUCAAAUGCCCUUGUUUUCUUGGCUGGGUGUAUCGCUGCUUUUGCAUUAACAUUUGUUAGAUUACAUCUGAGAACUAGGGCUCCCAGUUACAUUUCCCUGUAGGUUGUACAUGAGAGUUGACAAGCAAGAUAAAGUCUAAGGACAGUUGCGAGGAGAAAGAUUACCUUUUACUGAACAUUGCUAGCAUGGUGAAGAUCUUGAGACCUUACAGAAUUGUGUAUUGCACCUCUGAAUGUGCAAAUACAGGGACAACCCCAAAAUUUAUAGUGCAGCAUGGGGAAUGAUGUAUUUUUGAUUUCUGUACCCUGUCUAAUUUGGUGUAGAAUAACAUAAGCUUAAAAAAUACAUUCAAGUUCACUUCACCUGUAGUUGUGCUCUGCACUUCCUAGAAGAUGAGAUGUUAUGGUGAGGAUGGGACUGAGUUGUGUGCAGGGUCUUUGGGUAGCUCCUGUGCCUGCUCCAUGUCUCAUGUCUGGGGGCACAAGAAACAAGAAGCCCAUUGUGUUGAGGGAACCAAGGGAGAUGCAGCCUCUGCUCCCGCCCCACAGCAAACCUUGCUUUUUCUGUCAGCUUCCAUGUGCAAGCCACUCCCAGCCCUCUGCUCUCUGAAACACACGUCUGUCUGGUGGGUCUUGGCUGUAGAAGGAUUUUUGGGUUGCAGUGGGACUUGGAAAGUGCAGACGAAGUAGCUGCUCAGUAACACAAGCUCCGUGGUCGUCUUAUCAUAUUCAAAACACUCUUUUCAGUUCCCUCCAGAGGAGCGGUAAAAUCUGUGACAUUUUAGAUGGGCAUGUGUACGCUUCAGUUAGUUCUGCUGGGAGUUUCCAUAGCUGUCAUUGCUGAGGACUUGUUUUAAAUAGAACCUUCACUGUGAAUGUUUCAUUAGUGCUUCAGGAAUCCCAUGGUUGGGAUUGAGGAGAGUUGAAACUCUUCAGUAAUGAAAUACCCACCGUUUAGAAAAAAUGCUUAUAAUGAUUCUUCCCAUUUUUACUAAAAACCCAUACUAUCUUUUCCUCUUUACUUGCAGAAUCCUUACCAGUCUGACUUCUGCAGAAAUUUUGUGUCUGAGCCCCUUUUACUUGAGGCUGUGCUGAAGCUACAGUAACUUGAAGAACACUUCAAGAAUGAGUCCACCACAAGAUAGAAAUAGAAAUUCCUGCAGCAGUGAGACUCUGGCAAAGUGCUUUCAAGCAAAGAAGGACUUGGAAGCAGCUAUAUCUGGAAUUGUCAAAGCUGAACAGCAGAUUAAGGAGAACUGGCGGGAGGUCAAAGCGAAGAUCCACAGCCACAUCAGCCGGCACCUGGAAUGCCUGCGCAGCCGCGAGGUCUGGCUCUUCGAGCAGGUGGAUCUCAUCCAGCAGCUCAAGGAGGAGGCCUUGCAGCAGCAGGCACAGCAGCUCUACUGGUAUUUGGGACAGUUCAAUUGCCUUAUUCAUCAGCUGGAACGCUCCUAUAGCAAUGAACUAGCAAACCAGAUCUCAGUUUGCCUGGAGAGACUGGAAGGUCUAACACUUAAACCAGAAGAGUCUUCCAUCCUGAAUUUUGAGGCUGACACCUCUUACCUUCGCCAGGCUAUUACCUCAUUUGGUUCAAUUAAAACAAUGCAAACCUCAGAGAGAGAGAAUGCUUCUCCCUGGUUCCCGGGGCAGAACUGUGCCCUGAUGAACUGUGAGCAGCAGAAGACACUGUGUGGCACAGUGAGUGCCUCCCUUGCGGACUGGCUACUGGGAAGCAGACCCGUGGCUGCUCACCAGGCUCCAUAUGUUCCCAGCACCAAUCUUGAGGAAUGGGUUACACAAAAAUGUGUGUCAGAGCCCAGCCAGGAUUUGAAUUCUUCCAAAGUUUGUUAUUCUGAGCAAGCCUGGGGAAAUCUGAAAGAUCUGGAGAACUGGCUCCUGCAGAAUCAGCAGUGUGAUGUUGCUGGGAAGACAGACUCCCCUGGCCGCAAGGACUCCACCUCUACUUCCAGCUCAUCCUUUUCCACUAUUGAAAAGGUGGAGGAACUGGAAUACCUUGGACAAGAAGAGAUGGACCUUUCUGACUGGCUGAUUACUGCUGACACAGAAAAUGGAAAUACUGCUUCAGAUGAGAAAUGGAAGUGUGAGUUUAAACCUUUUAGGGAAGAAUGCAAUUUGAGUGAUUGGCUCCUCAAAGCUGAAACAUGUACCAGUUGUCGUGGCAGCCAGAUCAAAAAUGUGGAAAUUGAGAACCUGGGAAAUCUGAAGUGCCUGAAUGAGCAUCUCGAUGGAAAGAAAUCGCCCACUACAUCUGCUGUAAAUGCUUGGCUUCUUCAACAUCCCCAGGCCCCCUUUAAAGUGGAAGAUGUGUGCAAAGCGAAUGAGCUGUGUGCCAGCUUUUCAGAAUGUGUGUGUGAUGAAAACUGUGGAAAAGAGGCUCUUUGUAAGUGGCUUCUGAAGAAGGAUUGGAAGGAUAAAAAUGGAGUUCCAGUCAGCCAGAAAGAUACACCAGACCCUGAGUAUGAGAAGACCAAGUCUGCUGCCAGUACCUGGCUUAACCCCACACAGCAGCUCCCAGGGCAGCCCGUGAGUGCGGAGAAAGCGGAUUAUUCGGCAGAGAUCGCAGAACCCUUGAAAGUCUUGCUGGAAAGGCCUCUGACGAGCUGGCUGGCCAAGGCUGAGCACAGAGCAGAAAGCGCAGAAGAAAAGGCGAGUCGGGAAAAAGCAGACAAGAGUUUCAAGAGUCCUUUCCUAGACCUCCUGGCUCCAUUCCACCUCCCCUUGAAUGUGAACAGUUGGGUGUUGACUUCCAAUGACCUGGAAAAUGCAAACCCGCCUCCAGCGGAAGAUAAAUGGCUUCUGCGCAAGAAAGCACAAGACUUUGGCCUUCCUACAGUUUGUGAUCUUUUUGCCUGUAUGAAACUCAGUGGAGAUAACGAAAAGUGGCUGUAUCGAUCUCCUUUACAGAUGUGAAGAACUGGAAGUGUCGAACCAUCCCCUUCGUGCUGAGUGACUGCAGCCAGCUGAGUUCUCGUGUUUCGUGUUCGGCCGUCUGCUUUUUCUUCUAAAAUUAUAACAAAAAGAAAGAUUACUCAUAUAACAGAGUUAUGGUGCAGAAGAUGCCUUUUUGUUAUGAUUAAUUCUGAAAUGUAAACCCACUGAACAUAAGCAAUCUGAUGCUAUAGAGGUGUUGGCAAAUUCCUGUCUGUUAUGGGGAUACAAGGAUCUUCUUUCAUGGGUUGUCACUUGAAGUAUGUUGAAGCCAGUGCAAGUAUAAAGCAAAAUCUUCCUGGUGCUGUGAAACGUCCACCUUUGGCAGUGACUUUAGAAGUGCUGCUGUUCCUUUCAGCUGCUACAACUUUCUCAUGCAUUGCAUUCCAGCUUAUGGGGAUUGCAAGGUAACUUAGGCUGUAUUUGGAAGCAAUUUCUUUUAUUGAGCAGUUGCCAACUUCGAAGGCUUCAUUUGCAUCUUGUAUUGGUGCAUCUCCCAGCUGCGUAUGUGUAGUCCAGAUUUUGAAAAGAACAUAGAUUUAUGGGACCUGGCAUGCAACAGGAGAAUUGGUAACUUAUUUUUAAAUGAAAACUUUUCUUGCAAAUUUUUGAGCCGUUCAGAGAAUGUGGUAGGGUGUUGAUUUUCAUUCAUCAGGAGAUCAGAUCCUACCGUGUCCCCAGCAUUUAAUAACUAUUUAAAUGUCACUGGAAAAGCUGUAAAAUGGAAUGUGUAUGUUUCUGCUAGUUCUAGGUAAUUCAUAAUGAAUUUUUAUUGACUGAACCACUGCAAAGUAGGCAUCUUAGCCAUAUAAUAUUUAAAGGUAAUAUUUGGGGAAUUAGAUGCCUUUCAGCAGAUUGAUGUUAUGCUGUUUCAUUGGGAAACACUAACUUGGCAAACUGUGGGGCUCCCACUGAUGCAGUUUAAAGGUAUUUAAUCUGUGGAUUUCCCUGUGAUUAUGCAUGUGAAAGUGCAUCCAGUAACUCAUAUCCUUAUAGCUGUGGACAUAAUAUGAGCAAUACCUCUUCAGAUAUUUAGCAGUUUGAGCCUGUAGGAAAGAAUGCAAAGAUGUUAGAUGGAAAUAUGGAUCAUGAAACACUGAAGUUUUGUAAUUUCUGGUGCAGUUUCUAUUCACUUAACAAAUUGCUCUUUUUGAAAAUAGCCUCCCCUUCUCCCCUUCUGCAGCCUGCCUGGGAAUGGAAGUUGAGUUCUUCACAACCCUGUAGAAAAGAAAUUAUUAUCAAGAUCUGACCUUGGUACCACUUUGCAGUGUGAACACAUUCCUGUCUGAUCGAACCCGUGCAUUUGUUUAAAAAUAAGUUUUUAGUCUGAGAAGGGGACACUGCACAUCUGAAACCAGACCCUGAAAGGGCUUAACAUCAGCAAACCACUUAAGGCUUUUGUACUUUCAUAGCCAGGGCUUUCUGCUGGAGGCAGAAAGGUGUUUUGGAAGUCCACUGUCCCUUUCAAAUGUGUCCUUGUUGCUGUAUGGGAGGACUGCACUGUGACUGCUCCAGUAAGAGCCUGAUGUGAUUAGCAGUUGAAUUUUAUGAAGGUGAUUGACGUGCAGCCCACCUCUUCUAAUGAAUUCCUUGUAGUUGUCAUUGUGUGCUACUUUGUCAGUUCAUUAUGGGCCUUUAAAACUUGGGAGGUAUGUAUUCCUUUAUUUACUCAACUGACUUGUUGUCACUAAUUGAUAUUUAUGUAAAACAUUGAUUAGUCUUUUCCAUUAAAAAAUAAUUGCAACCAAA